AUGAAGGAGCUCACGCUAGAGCAACGGGAACAGCAGCGGUGUCAGCAGCAGCCACCUCCCCCGGAGCAGCAGAUCUUCGAGGGCCGAGUGGUUGACAGCGAGGGCCGGUCAGGCGGCCACGUGAUCACUGCGGUGGCGGGAUCGGGCGCCAGCAAGCAAACAUACAACUUUGCGACAGAGCGGGUCGUCGGAAACGGCUCCUUCGGCGUCGUGUUUCAGGCAACGUGUCUCGAGACAGCGGAGACGGUGGCUAUCAAGAAGGUGCUGCAGGACAAGCGGUUCAAGAACCGGGAGCUGCAGAUCAUGAAGGUGGUGGACCACCCCAACAUCGUGAAGCUCAAGCAGUGCUUCUACUCGCAGACCGAGAAGGACGAGACCUUCCUGCACCUGGUGCUGGAGUACGUGCCUGACACAGUCUACAGGAUCAGCAAGUCCUACAGCAAGAACAACCAACGGAUGCCGCCCAUAUUUGUCAAGCUGUAUACAUACCAGAUGUGCCGCGCCCUCGGCCACAUACACAAGUAUGGCAUCUGCCACCGGGACAUCAAGCCGCAGAACCUGCUGGUCAACACAGAGACGCACCAGCUCAAGCUCUGCGACUUUGGCAGCGCCAAGGUGCUGAUCAAGGGGGAGCCCAACAUAAGUUAUAUCUGCAGCCGCUACUACCGCGCCCCCGAGCUCAUCUUUGGCGCCACCGACUACACGAGCGCAAUCGACGUGUGGAGCGUGGGCUGCGUUCUGGCGGAGCUGCUGCUGGGGAGCCCCAUGUUUCCGGGGGAGAGCGGAGUGGACCAGCUGGUGGAGAUCAUCAAGGUCCUGGGCACCCCCACCAAGGAGGAGAUCCACGCGAUGAACCCCAACUACACGGAGUUCAAGUUCCCCCAGAUCAAGGCCCACCCCUGGGCCAAGGUCUUCUCCAAGCGCCUGCCCCCGGACGCCUACGCCCCCAACCGCCGCUUCGCGGCGCACGAGGCGAUGUGCCACCCGUUCUUUGACGAGCUCCGGGACCCAGCGGCGCGGCUGCCAAACGGCAAGGCGCUGCCGCCGCUGUUUGACUGGCUGCCGGGGGAGCUGGACCACCUGCCGCAGGAGAUUGCGGCCAAGCUGCAGCAGAGGGCCGUCUAA